UGUUGUUGACCUCCCACUGAACCUUGCACUGUGUGAAGUGCAUUGCUUUUUAGACGGCUAAAAAUCAGUUUCUGGUGUCCUACUUGAUCAUUUGACGCAGCGAGAUAGUAUACCGGCCAGCAUGAAUGCCCCGAUAGGAGGACAACCAGUCGACCCCUCUCCCCUCAAGUCUGGGCCUAAGGAGCUCAAGAUUGGCAGGUAUGUGCUAGGGGACACACUGGGUCAUGGUAGCUUUGGUAAAGUAAAGAAGGCCAAACACGAGUUAACAGAACACGAGGUAGCGGUCAAGAUUCUCAACAGACAGAAAAUCAAAAGCCUGGAUGUCGCAGAGAAGGUACGACGGGAGAUACAGAUAUUGAAGUUAUUCCGUCACCCUCACAUCAUCAAGCUAUACGAGGUCAUCUCCACACCUUCUGACAUCUUCAUGAUAAUGGAGUUUGUCAGCGGAGGAGAACUGUUUGACUAUAUCGUUAAAAAUGGCAAAAGUUCUGAACGAGAAUCGCGACGCGUGUUCCAGCAAAUCAUCUCUGGAGUCGACUAUUGUCACAGACAUAAGGUGGUGCAUCGUGAUCUAAAGCCAGAGAACCUCUUGUUGGACUCCAAUAACCAGGUGAAGAUAGCGGACUUUGGACUCAGCAAUCUAAUGAAAGACGGAGAAUUUCUGAGCACUAGUUGCGGCAGUCCCAAUUAUGCUGCUCCCGAGGUGGUCUCCGGCAAGCUGUACGCUGGCCCUGAAGUUGAUGUGUGGUCGUGUGGGGUCAUCCUGUAUGCACUCCUGUGUGGCACUCUUCCGUUUGACGAUCGCAAUGUCUCCAUGUUGUUCAAGAAGAUAAAGUCAGGUCAAUACUACGUCCCCUCUCAUCUGAGCAGUGAAGUGGUGGACCUCAUCUCUAAGAUGCUACAGGUGAGUCCGGUCAAGCGUAUCACAAUCGAUGGUAUUCGUGAGCAUGACUGGUUCAACGUUGACCUUCCACCCCAUCUCUUCCCACAACCAGGUGACGGCUACUGUACGCAGAUUGACACUUCCUGUGUGGCAACUGUUUGUCAAAAACUCUCCGUCACGUCUGCCGAAGUGUUAGCAUCUCUCAGGUCAAACAGUGAGCACGACCAACUGUCAAUAGCCUACCACUUGUUAUUGGACAACGUUGCACUGGACCGAGCUCAUAAAGAAGCAGCGUUAUCCAGUGAUCAUCUAGCGAGUAGCCCGCCCUCUGCCAGCUCUGGGUACAUGGACACUCUCGAGGUCAUCAGAGAAACACCAAAGAAAUCAUCGUCUCCCGCUGUAUCUAAGCGACUGGGCACACCUAAAACCCCUCGAGCUAUGAAGAGACCUAAGUGGCACCUUGGAAUACGUUCUCAAAGUCGGCCUCAGGACAUUAUGGCCGAAAUAUUCCGGAAACUCUCAGGCCUCAAUUUCGAGUGGAAAAUCAUCAAUCCUUACUUUGUUCGAUGCAGGCAAAACAACCAGACGAGUGGCCUCGUGGUGAAGCUAGACCUACAACUGUAUCAGAUUGACCACAAGAACUAUCUGCUAGACUUCAAGAGUGUGACCCCCAGUCAGUGUGGGGAGGGGGGGAGACACAUCACCAUGGAGUUCUUCGAAUUCUGCUCUGCACUCAUUAGCUCACUAGCCCAGUAGGACACGUACAUGUACAAUCAUGUACUUCUUAAAUUAUUGUUUACAGAACACGUUGUAAAUAAUAUUAUGCUUUGUCAUCAGUUCCAACGAUUUCUUGUAUAUAAUUUUGUUCAUUUACUGUGUCUUAUAAUUAUUGUGCUGA